GGCUUGCAAGACCUGUUUUCGCGAUUGCUGCGUCCAGAGGAAUCCUGUCGCGAGCUGCACCCCAACGAUAGACACCCAGGACAGUCCUUUGAGUCUACACUUCUGCUCGAUCUUCAGACUUCCAUCGCUUACAAGCUGAGAGAUUUCUCAAAAUGCUACUUCCCAUACUUUUCCUUCCUCUGGUGGCAGCCGUGCCACUGAAAUCGUCACUGAGCAACUACAUUAUCGACAUCGAUAAUGGAAUCCUGAAGAACGUUCAGUUCAAGGGCGAGGCCGUUAACGAGCUAGACCUAUCAGGUCUGGGGAUACGCAGCCUGGAGAAAAACUCUUUGGAUAACGUUCCAAACCUGAAAUCCCUCAGCUUGGCGAACAACUCGUUGCAGUCGCUUCCAGAAUUUAUGUUCUCGAACCUGACGAACCUGGAAUACCUGUCCCUGGCCGAGAAUAGACUCAGCAGCCUGGAGUACCUGUUUAUCCGCUUGGAGAAACUUCGAGUCUUGAAUAUAUCCUGCAAUCCCGUGAUGCACCUACGUCGAGGACACUUGUUCGGUCUUACCAAGUCCACGACCAUUUUGACCGAAGGCAACUCGCUGUGGAGCAUCAGUACAGGAGUCUUCACCAAUUCCUUCCUGAAGGACGAAGAAGAGCUGAAGCAUUUGGAGAAGAUCAAAGCCGAGGCUGACAUCGACAUCCAGAACGACGAACCUGAAAAAGACUUGAGUUUAGUAACAGAGAACAACGCCUUGAAUAUAAACGAUUACAUCCCCUCGCAAACGAAGCUGAUCUCGGUGAACAAACUGAAGCUAUGCAUGCCAGAGAAGAUAGUCCUUUCCAUAGAACCAUUGGAAGAUGGCAAAACUGUUUCAAAUGGAUGCAUCGAAUUGCCCAUAAAUGAAAAGGACAGAUCCCUGAAUCUUCGUGGACUGGGAAUCAAAGGAUUCCACGAGGGAUGGUACCAGUUGCAAUACCUGCCAAUCGUGUCCUUGGACCUGGCUAACAAUGAAAUCACAGAGAUCACUAAAGAAUUAUUGAACGAUCUUCCCGAAGGAUUGAUCUAUGUUAACCUUAUUGGCAACAGAAUCAGAGGUAUCUGGAGCCAGGUGAUUGAAAAUAGGUACCUGAAGAUGUUGAACCUGAGGAACAAUCUCAUAGAGAAGGUCGAGGAAGGUGCAUUCCAGAAGACCAACUUAACAGCUCUAUUCUUAAAUGGCAAUCAAUUGGAGGACCUCUCCUUCGCUUCCAGCCUGCCUCAGACUCUGACUGAACUCGUCCUAUCAGGCAAUCAGAUCUCUUCCAUCAGCAAUGAAGCCUUCUCAGCGCUCUCGCGACUGGUCUACCUGAACCUGGCCAACAAUAAAAUCAGUAAGCUACAGGAUGACGUAUUCAAAGGUCUGACUUCCCUUCAGGUGCUCAUCAUCACCAGGAACGGUAUAACAGAAAUUGAACCCAAGGCAUUCUGCGACCUGAAGCAGUUGACCACCCUCUAUCUUCAUCGUAACUCUUUAACAGAGCUACAGAAAGGAACCUUCUCUGAAUUGGAGAGCCUAAAGGACUUGAACCUGGCCUGGAACAAGCUGAUCAGAAUCACCAAAGACACCUUUGCUAAUCUGCCACCAACCCUCGAUUUCCUCCACCUCGAUUUCAACGAGAUCAAUGCUCUCGAGAAGGGCAGCUUUUUGAAUGUCCCCAGAUUCACUUUGUCCCUGACUGGAAAUAAGAUUUCGGACAUUCCGCGUGGAGCCUUCGACCUGCCCACCCUUCGGGACCUGCAUCUGAACAACAACACCCUGACAACCAUCGAUGGCGAUAGUUACGAAGGUCUGCCUCAAUUGAAGCGUCUCUGGUUAAACGAGAAUCAAAUCAGGGAGAUACCGAAAGGAUCCUGCAAGAAUUUGGGAAGUUUGAAUAUUUUGGAUAUCUCGAGGAAUCCGUUCCAGAAAUUGCAGAAUGGAGCUCUCUACGGGCUGAGCUCGAUCAGAGGAAAUUUCUUGUAUAUUUAUAAUAAUCAGCUGAAGGAACUACAGGGUGGUGCAUUCGAAGACAUUUAAUUGACUGAUGAAAUAUUGACGACUCGCGUAUUUGCUUUUUAUGUUAAGCUUGAUGUUAGGAUACGACUUUGUACUUGAUGUAAAACGAUCUCUUACGGUUGUGCUUUAAUCGCUGGAUACACGUUCUCGAUUAUGAUAUUAUGUAUUUCUGCUCUCUACGUCUCUAACAUGUAUGUUAAUCUCAUAUCUUUAACCAACAGUCGCUUCAUAUUCAUGUCACCGCAAACCUGCGCAUAUAUGUAUGUAUAUGUUGUCGAAUCUACCUUUUCGUUAUUGUGCAAGAACCGUUUAGAGAAAAUAAAAUUGGAUAUUUAAGAA